ACUGUAGUUAGAAUAAGCGUCCUUGGUCUUUCAUCGGUUGGGUAGACGCCUGAUAAACAGCCCUGUGAUUAGUUGGAUUGCGCGAGAAUUUCUUGUCAAGGUGCUGAGAGGGAAAAGUUUCAAGAUGGCGGACAAAGUACCUUCCAUACGUCUUAACAGCGGUUAUGACAUGCCUAUGCUGGGCUUAGGAACCUACAACAGUUUCAAGCCAAACGAGGUUGGUGAUGCCGUGAAGGCCGCAAUACAGAUGGGAUACCGCCAUAUUGACACAGCCUGGCUCUAUAAAACGGAACCGGAAAUCGGAGUCGCCGUUAAAGAACUGAUCAAAGAAGGGAAAGUAAAGAGGGAAGAGCUGUUUAUUGUGACGAAGAUAUUGGGCCACUGUCAUGACCCAGAGGACGUGAAGCCAGCGUGUCGCCAGUCACUGGAGGCCCUAGACAUGGAUUAUAUAGAUCUGUACCUGAUACACUUUCCCUGUGCCCUACGCUGUGAGUAA